CCCCUGGAACCGGGGAGCCGCCUAAUAGCAUUUACAUCACAAUGAAAUAGCCAAUAUGUGUAAAGUAGCCAAUACGGUAUAUUACCUUGGUUAGUGUAAACAUGCGGACCAUGCCUGGAAAAAGGCGUGCAUAAGACGGGCAUAUUUGGCAGUGUCAAAAUGUUUUCUGAUCCAAUCUUCCCCUAAGAUCUGUCCACUCCACCUCAACAGUACCAGGGGGUACAGUUGACAAUCAAAAAAUGUUCUAUCUUCCUUCCAGGAAUGGACUGGAGGUUUGUCCAGCAGCCCAGAAACAAGACAGUGAAGGAAGGGGAUAACGUUACUCUGGUCUGCCGGGCUCCCAGGAGCCGCCCCCCCGCCCGAGUGUCCUGGGUGAAGGAAGGCAGGCCCCUAGGGCCCCAGGCCCCCCUCACCACAUCCCCUGCUGGAGAUCUUCUCCUCCACAGAGUGCUGAAGGACGAUGCCGGGACGUACUUCUGCAGGGCCUCCAAUCAGCAGCUCAACCGAUCUGUCACAUCGAAAAGAGUAACCCUCACAGUUCUGGCGCCCCCUACGGUGAGUUUGCGGCCUCAGUGGAUGACAUUGCCCCCGGGGGGGUCUCUGCGGCUGCAGUGCGAUGUGGGGGGUCUCCCUCCUCCCUCCAUCAGGUGGUACAAGAGAGGUCCGUCCACGCAGACCGGGGGAAAAGUCACCAUGGGACAGAGAAACAGCAGCCUGUACAUCCUGUCUGUGAGGAACUACGACGAGGGAGUGUACACGUGUGAAGCCACCAACAUCCUGGGUCAAGACCGCCAAACUGCCACAAUAAGGGUCACCGUGAUGCCCGUCAUCGUGGGCUUUUCUGGGCAGGUGAGCAGCCGGCUGGGGGCCCCUGUGGAGCUGCCCUGCAGAGCGGUGGGGGUCCUGCCCAUCACGUACACCUGGACCAGAGACAACACAACGGGCCCCCACACAUCAACCACCACCACCACCAUCACAGACGAUGGAGCUCUGAGGAUGUCUGCUGUGCGGUGGACCGACGCAGGUGACUACUACUGUAGGGCAGAGAACCAGGCCGGGAGCGACCGGAUACACACUGUCCUCCUUAUCAUAGAUGAGAACCGCGGGGGUGACACCCGAGAGCAGAGGAGAAUGAGUUGGUCUGCUAGGACAAAUACUAACAAGGAACUCCCAGCUGUCCAAAUCAAUGGUUCAAUUCUUAAAAAUCACUCUAGGAUCAACCAUGGCUCACAUUCAGUGAUGUACACGGAACCCAUCACCCACAGGACGGACUUAACUUUUACAUCACUAAAAGAGGCUCUAUUCAGAGAACUACACCCGCCAGGGUCACCUGACUACCUGCACCUGCUGGCCCUGCCAGAGGACCAGGCAACCCAGCCUGAGACCCAGCCAACCCAGCCUGACAUCCUGCCAGCAAAGUCUGACACCCAUCCAGCCCAGACUGACACCCAGCCAGCCCAGCUUGACCGCCUGCCAGCCCAGCUUUCACCCAACAGUCAGAUACUGCAACCUCCCCCUUCAACCGUAGACCCCCAUACCCUUGACCAAAUGGGUCCCCCGCCACAUGUUUCAUCUCCGUAUUCUGAGUCCUACAUUCUCAAUAGCCCAGCACCAGGACACAAGGACACUGGGACACCAGCGCACCGGGACACCGGCACUCCAGGACACCAGGACACCGGGCUCCUAGCGACCACCAGCCAAACCCUUCCUCACCACUCCUUCGCUCAUUAUCAUUUAACCAAGAUAUCCACCGCUAGGCAACUCCAGAACGUUGCUGGCGAGACGUCGGCGAAGCAGAGUGGCGAAGAUAAGGAAGUAUCCCUCUAUCACAUGGAUCCACCGGCACCGCCAGAGAGGAUGGGAGCCAGCCUCAUAUCCUUCCCUAAGUCGGUGUUUCCUCUCACUAGGUCUUCAGACUCGACAGAGCCCACUACAGCGUUUGUCACCAAUAGAGAUAAUCUGCCGCCCCCAGUGAACCGCCUCGGACCCACUCAGGAGCCCAGCUUAAUCAUCCUCCUACCAAGGGGUCCCUCGUGGUGUCACACCUCGCUCAAGACCCACAUGGGAGUCCUGGAGAUUUGGCACAGGCCGCCCUCGCUAACCAUGGCUUGA